GCACCAGAGGCCAGAAAGCGGCCCGGCAAGAAGGAAGCCUUAAUGGUCCCAUGGCUACGUUGGCGCGAACUACAUCUCCCGACGCUCCGUGCACCUGUGCAAGCGAGCAGGACAAACUUUUGACGAGACUGAUACGGCUUUAGUCCAACCAGAAGGCCGAUUUUAGAGCGGCAUCCCGCCCCUUUGUAAUUCUCAGGGCCGCUUCCUCGCGCGAGUGACGGGCUUCGCUGCCUUCUAGGGCUCGGCUUCGCCUGACGGACGUGUGACCCGAGGAAUCGGAGCUCGGGGAAGUCGAGCGGGCGCUGAAAAGCGUGGACGGCACCCAAUAGCAUGCUGGAGGCUUCCGGCGCCGUCCAAUCGCUGCCCGGGGACCCCGCCCUGUCGCGUGACGUGGUAGGGUGGGUAGCAACAGUUGCCCCGGUGAGGGAAACGGAGGCGCCAUAGCCACGGUAGUCGUGGCGACCAAGCAACCCAGCAACGCCAGUCAACAACAACAACCGCGGCCGCCCCCCGCCCCCACGCCCCCGGCCCGGCCCGGGGACCCCGGCGCGCUCGGUCCCCUCUGCACAGCGUCCACGCACCUCCUCAGAGCCUUCCGCGGACACAAGUGCGGAGAAGCCGAGGAAGAGGAAAACCGCCUUAUUUAUUAUCAUUCACUGUUGGCAUGGCAACACAGUCCUAUGUUGCUGAGCUACAGGCAGCCCCACAAGCUACCCAGCCGACACAGGCCCCGCCCCAGGCCCUGCCCCAGCCACCACCCCCAGCAGCACCCCAGCCUCCUGCUGCAGCAACCCCCCAGCCCCAGUAUGUCACCGAGCUACAGAGCCCCCAGCCCCAGACGCAGCCCCCGGGCAGCCAGAAGCAGUAUGUGGCAGAGCUCCCGGCUGCCCCUGCGCCCUCACAGCCUGCCACUCCUGCCCCAUCCCCUGUGGCUCAGCAGUAUAUCGUGGUUACUGUCUCAGAAGGUGCCAUGCGGGCUAGUGAGACUGUGUCAGAGGCCAGCCCCAGUUCCACGGCAAGCCAGACCGGUGUCCCCACCCAGGUUGUACAGCAGGUGCAGGGCACCCAGCAGCGGCUGUUGGUCCAGGCAAGUGUGCAGGCCAAGCCAGGCCAUGUGUCACCCCUGCAGCUUACCAACAUCCAGGUGCCACAGCAGGCUCUCCCCACACAGCACCUGGUGGUGCAGAGCACAGCACCGGGCACCAAGGGUGGCCAGGUCUCCCUCACGGUGCACAGCGCCCAGCAGGUGCACUCUGCUCCUGAGAGGUCACCAGUGCAGGCCAACAACUCCACCAGCAAGACACCUGGAGCUCCUGCGGGCACUGUGCAGCAACUACAGGUCCACAAUGUCCAGCAGAGUGUCCCUGUCACCCAAGAGAGGUCAGUAGUCCAGGCCACUCCACAGACCAAAGCUGGCCCCGUACAGCAGCUGGCGGUGCAGGGACUGCAGCCAGUUCACGUUGCUCAAGAGGUACAGCAGCUCCAGCAGGUACCUGUCCCACAUGUGUACUCCAGCCAGGUGCAGUAUGUGGAGGGUGGCGAUGCCAGCUACACAGCCAGUGCCAUCCGCUCUAGCACCUACCCCUACCCUGAGACGCCGAUCUACACACAGCCAGCGGGUACCAGCUACUAUGAGGCUUCAGGCACAGCUGCCCAGGUCAGCUCGCCGGCUACUUCCCAGACGGUGGCCAGCAGCGGCUCAGUGCCUAUGUAUGUGUCCGGGAGCCCGAUUGUCGCCAGCUCCUCCAGCAGCGAGGCCGGGGCCAGCAACAGCAGCGUGGGUGCAGGGGCCAGCGCAGGAGGUGGCAACAGUGGCGGCGGCAGCGGCGGCGGCGGCAGCGGUGGAGCAGGCACCUACGUGAUCCAAGGUGGCUACAUGCUAGGCAACGCCAGCCAGUCUUAUUCCCACACCACCCGUGCCUCACCAGCCACAGUGCAGUGGCUCCUGGAUAACUACGAGACCGCCGAGGGCGUGAGCCUGCCACGCAGCACCCUCUACUGCCACUACCUGCUGCACUGCCAGGAGCAGAAGCUGGAGCCCGUUAAUGCAGCCUCUUUCGGCAAGCUUAUCCGCUCGGUAUUCAUGGGUCUGCGCACACGCCGUCUGGGCACCAGGGGCAACUCUAAGUACCACUAUUAUGGUCUGCGGAUCAAAGCCAGCUCACCCCUGCUGCGGCUGAUGGAGGACCAGCAGCACAUGGCCAUGAGAGGCCAGCCAUUCUCCCAGAAACAGAGGCUCAAGCCCAUCCAGAAGAUGGAGGGCGUGGCCAACGGUGUUGCCGUGGGGCAGCAGAGCACAGGGCUGUCAGACAUCAGCGCCCAGGUGCAGCAGUACCAGCAGUUCCUGGAUGCUUCCAGGAGCCUCCCUGAUUUCGCUGAGCUGGACCUCCAGGGCAAAGCGCUACCCGAGGGCAUCGGCCCUGGGGAUGUUAAGGCCUUCCAGGUCCUGUAUCGGGAGCACUGUGAGGCCAUUGUGGAUGUCAUGAUAAACCUCCAGUUCACGCUGGUGGAAACGCUGUGGAAGACCUUUUGGAGAUAUAACCUUAGCCAACCUAAUGAGGCACCACCACUGGCCGUGCAUGAUGAGGCAGAGAAGCGGCUGCCCAGGGCCAGUCUGGUGCUCCUGUCCAAGUUCCAGCCCGUGCUGCAGUGGACCAAGCACUGUGACAACGUGCUGUACCAGGGCCUGGUGGACAUCCUCAUCCCUGAUGUGCUGCGGCCCAUCCCCAGUGCCUUGACCCAAGCAAUCCGGAACUUUGCCAAGAGCCUAGAGAGCUGGCUCACCCAUGCCAUGGUGAACAUCCCUGAGGAGAUGCUUCGGGUGAAGGUGGCAGCAGCUGGCGCCUUUGCACAGACGCUGCGGCGCUACACGUCGCUCAACCACCUGGCGCAGGCUGCGCGGGCCGUGCUGCAGAACACUGCCCAGAUCAACCAGAUGCUGAGUGACCUCAACCGAGUGGACUUUGCAAAUGUGCAGGAGCAGGCCUCGUGGGUGUGCCGCUGCGAGGACCGUGUGGUGCAGCGUCUGGAGCAGGACUUCAAGGUGACGCUGCAGCAGCAGAACUCACUGGAGCAGUGGGCGGCCUGGCUGGAUGGCGUGGUGAGCCAGGUGCUCAAGCCUUACCAGGGCAGUUCCGGCUUUCCCAAGGCAGCCAAGCUCUUCCUCCUCAAGUGGUCCUUCUACAGCUCCAUGGUAAUCCGGGACCUGACCCUGCGCAGUGCUGCCAGCUUCGGCUCCUUCCACCUCAUCCGGCUGUUGUAUGACGAGUACAUGUACUACCUGAUUGAGCACCGAGUAGCCCAGGCCAGGGGCGAGACCCCGAUCGCAGUCAUGGGAGAGUUUGCAAACCUGGCCACUGCGCUGAAUCCCUUGGACCCCGACAAAGACGAGGAAGAGGAGGAGGAGGAAGAGAGUGAGGACGAGCUGCCACAAGACAUCUCGCUGGCCGCUGGCAGUGAGUCCCCCGCGCUGGGCCCCGAAGCUCUGGAGCCACCUGCGAAGCUGGCUCGGACUGACACACGUAGCCUCUUCGUGCAGGCCCUGCCCUCCAGCUAAGCCUGAGGCCUCCCUGCCCCCCCCUUUGCCCGCCCAACCUGCGCUGCUGCCCCUCCAGGCCAGGGUCCGGUCCCUCAGCUUUUGUGGCUUCACUGUCACCCUUCCAGCUCACGCCAGAGCUGGAGAGGGUCCCCCUGACAGAGAAGGCUAGGGGAAUCCCCCCUCACAUGGGGCUGGUACAAUCAUGGGCUGGGCUGGGCAGAACCGAAGCUGCAAACCCUGACACAAAAGACGUGCCUUAAGGAACCUGCCCAGGUGUCCCUUUUCCUGCCCCAACUCGCAGCCCUGUCACCCCUCCCCAACACACACACACACACCACCCCCACCCCCAGAGGGCAGCAGGCUGGCUCCUCCCCUGCGUAACUGUUAACUUAUUCUGCUCUCUGGCUUUGCACAGCCUGCCUGGGCAGCCCCAAGCCCGGGCAGGCGCAGGUGGGGGGCAUCUUGGGACCCCCACUGUCAGCAGCAGCAGCAGCCCUACUGCUCCCUUUUCUUGGUAUAAGUGCAAUUAAAGCUGUGGGUGUUGCACCUUCUCCAGAGCUGGGUUCUCCUGGCCCGCAGCCCAGAGAGGGGCAUAUUGUGAAGGGCCCCCUGGCCUCCAGCUUCCAAAGAGGAGCAUCCGGCUGGCUGCAGGGCCAGGUGCUCCAGACCUGAGGCCACGCCCUGCGCCUUCCACCCUAACAGCUUGUGACCGAAAUCUGCUCCCAGAGACGCUUCUCCUCCGUGCAGUUGCCCCGACCCGUAACUAUCGUGUGAUUAGUGAGUGCCGCUUAUGCGGAGUCAGUAACUUGUUGGGUUUUUUUCCAACCAUCAUGGCCUUAUCCGUUCCCGUUUUCUCAGUGUCUUCAAUCUGUGAUAGAUGUUUAUGGAAAAGAAAAAGAAAAGAAAAAGGAAAAAAAAAAAAAAGGAAAAUCUGGCCUAUUGUAUAGAAAUCACUAUUUUGUGUGCUCCGCGUGCUACAGCUUUUGGGGUGGUCCUGCACACUCCCCAUGGGGCCUCCCUUCCCAGUGGUGAAAGUAUCCACGCGCGUGGUAGUUUAGUGUACUGUUUUCUACCUUUUUGUAGUCUUUCUUAAAACAAUAAAUACUGCUGUGAUCUUUGUCUACUGA